ACAGGACAGGUGUUUGUAUGACAGCCGUUUACAGGAAAUCAGUGGUUACUCUUGACUUGAAGGGGCUUCGAAACAGAAAAUAACGUCUGACGGAAACGUUGUAUAUCAAACUCUCUACCCACGGAGUUGAAAUUGUGGGUUUUGCGAGAUGAGUGCUCUGACUUUGCAGUCAGCAAGUCUGGCCCCAGGAGUGCAGAAGCAGCAGCAGGCAACAUGUGGGAGAAGUUUGACUUCAAACUAUUCUCCCCCAAGUCUGGAGAACAAGUUCUUAGAUCAAGCCUCCACAAUAAUGCCCCAGCUUUCCUCCCCACUCAUAAAUUUUGCAGCACAGCCUUCCUCUUGCUCCUCUCUCCAACCCUCCAAACUAUCUUCCACCUCAUCCUCCCUUCUCUCCACCUCUUCCUUUGCAGCGUCCCUCACUUCUCCCCUCCUAAGCACCCAGAACAAGCUCCUAGACAGUAACUUAUCUCAUCAUUCUUUUUCCUUGACCUCCUCAGUCCCUAAUGACUCUUUGCUCUCCACAUCCCUGGCCAGUGGUGCUCUACUCACUAACUUUGCUCAAACUCCUUCAUUCUUCCACCAUGAUCUCAUGAGUAAAGAAGAGAAAAGGGAUGAUGGAGGGGAUCCAGAUGAUAGAUAUGAGAUAUCUGAAGUGAUGCCUUUCAGUUUUGAAGAAACAAGUGUGAUUUCUGAGGAUGAAGAUAAUGAGGCUGAAGGAAUUGAUGCUGAGAAAACUAUGGACUUGCCUGUACUGGAAACAGAGUUGAUGGAACAAGAACUUGAACAAACUGCAGUUGUCAGACAGGAGGAAUUUGGAGAGGUCGAAAGACGAAACGAGAAGGCCGAAGAGGAGCUGAAAGACAAAAAAUAUUUCCUCUUGAACAUUGUGUGUUGCUCUCUGGUCAAUGAGAGCACAGCUCCAGGCCAGAAGGACUGGGACUCAGAGGACAGUGUUUGGACCAGAAUCACAAACCUGGCAAAGGAUAUUUCUGCCUAUGACCCACAGUUUCUUCUGAAGGUGGCACUUUACACUCGUCAGAAGCUAAAUAUUCGGAUCACUGCGAACUUCUUAUUGGCUCUGGCUGCCAACCUGCCGCCCACCAAGCCACAUGUCCGCAGAUACUUCUGUGCUGCUGUACAGCUGCCGUCUGAUUGGCUGGAAAUAGUCAGAAUCUACAGUACAUGCUUCAGCCGCUCUCUGCCGAUGUGCCUGAAGAAGGCGAUGGCUGACAAGUUCAAGCAGUUCAGCGAGUAUCAGCUGGCCAAAUACAACACACGCAAGCACCGCUGUAAGCACAACCGCAACAAGCGCAAAGCAAAGAAGCCAACCGAUAAACAGAUGAAGGAGUGGGCGGACUUGGUCAGAUCAAAUGCAUCAAUUCUGAAGAACUUUUUGCGGUUAAAGGUGGUGGAUAAGAAGCAGAGCGAGUUCAGCAUAAAGAAGAUGAUCAAGAGGCUUCACAUCAAAGAACCGGCUGAACACGUUAUGGCCAUUCUGGGAAAAAAGUAUCCAGCUGACGCGAAGGCAUUCACACACAGUGGAAUGAAAGGUGUGUGGGACAGGGAGAGAGCUGGGCAGCGAAUGAAACUUAAGGAGCCGCAGACGUGGGAACGCCUGCUCAGUAUGGAGGGCAACAAGGCCGCCACCUGGGAGAAGCUCAUAGACACCAAGUCUCUUCCAUUCAUGGCCAUGCUGAGAAACCUGAGGAACAUGAUCACUAAGGGCAUCAGUGAGGCUCAUCACAACAAGAUCCUCAGCAGACUGACCAAUGAGAAAGCAGUUGUUCAGAGCCGACAGUUUCCUUUUAGAUUCCUCGCUGCCUACAAAGUCAUCAUGGAGCUCUAUGCUAUUGCCUCUGCAGCACAGCAACAAAUACCCUCUGCCAACAAGAUCCUGAUGGACGUCCUGAAGAAGAUUCCCAAAAGCCAGCGCUUAAAGCGGCUGAUGUGGGAAACAACUAAAAAGAGCAGGAUCAGGCUGACACUCAGGGUGCCGUUUAUCUCUCGAAUGUAUAGAAUGAAGAAGGCCCAGCUCAUAAAAGCCAAUCAGAGGAACUACACUGUUGUACUGUUGGACCGUUACCGUAAAGCUCUGGAGACAGCCGUUCAGGUCUCCUGUCGUUACAACGUGCCUCCGCUCCCUGGACGGACACUCAUCCUGCUCUCUCCGGGCAUCUAUUACGAUCGGUCUGCGAUCCAGAAACUGGACUUCUGCCUGCCUCCUGACCCAGAGGAACAAGAAAAUGAAGAAAAAGAGGCAGAAAACCCAAAACCGAGACGCAGGAAGACGAAUAUCGAGGAUCAUGACAAACUCACUCCAAGUAAGAUAGAGGUUGCAGUUUUGCUCGCUCUGAUGAUCUCCAGCAGUACAGAGGAUUGUGAGUUGUGCAUAACUUAUUCCAAUCAGUGGGAAGAAGCAAAGCUGAAGUCUGAUGUCCUGUUGGAAAAUGUCAGAAGUGUGCUCAAGCAAAUAAAGAACAUUUAUGAAGACAACUCUGAAGAACGUGACACAGCUUACUUUCACAGAAUAUUAAAGAGCAAAAAGGUGAGCAACAUCAUCGUGCUGUCUGAGUCCUGGCUAAGUACAGAAGUCAGGUUUGCCAUCAGGAACUACAGGACGGAAAUAAACAGCAGUGCCCUUGUAGUGCACAUUUGUUCAGAUAGUGAUGGAAACUCAGAAACCCUUGACAGGAACCACGUAGUGCUGACAGGCUUCAGUGAGCAGGUGCUGAGGUUUGUGGCAGAGAGAGGAUCUUCCAGGCUGCUCGAUCACGUGGAGCAUUUGGACAAAUUAUAUAACAUUCCUCCACCAGAGGGGGGUCAACACUCUCAGACCGCAAGCAAUGUGGUCUCAAUACCAGCAAGCCCAAAAUUAAGAUGGCAAGGUGUGCGGGUGUUCAUCUCCUCCACGUUCAGAGACAUGCACUCUGAACGUGACAUCUUGGUGCGGAGCGUCUUCCCAGAGCUACGCCGACGCGCUGCACCACACUGCCUCUACUUGCAAGAGGUAGAACUGCGUUGGGGUGUGACAGAGGAGGAGUCUGAACGGGCCUCAGAGUUAUGCCUGUCAGAGGUGUGUCGCAGCCAGAUGUUGGUGGGAAUUCUCGGGGAAAGAUACGGUCAGGUGCCCCCCAAGCCUGACCUACCAGACCUCCCACAGUACAGCUGGCUGGCCUCAGCCCCAGCAGGUCUGUCUAUCACAGAGAUGGAAAUCCGUCAGUUUCAGGCUCUUUAUCCCGACGUAGCACACCAGCGAAUGCUUUGCUACUUUAGAGAUCCGAACAUCAUCAAUUCAGUUCCUGUGGCUUGGAGAUCACAUUUUGCUCCUGAAUCAACGGACGCUGCACAUAAAAUGGCCUCUUUGAAGGGAAGACUCUUGUCCAGUGAUGUCAAGGUCACUGAAAAUUAUUCGUGUGAGUGGGGAGGCGUUGUGGCUGGGAAACCAUAUCUGAAAAACCUGGAGGACUUUGGCAACGCUGUGCUGGAGGACCUUUGGAUGGCUGUCAAAAAGCUUUUUGUCGACGCUGAGGAGGCUGAGGCUGCAUCAGAGGUGUUUGAGCAGGAGGUCCACCAGGAGGCGAUGCAGAGGCAGUUUUUUGGCAGGUCGAAGCUUCUGUCUAACGCUGUGGAUUUGGUGGAGCAGGCCCAGACGAAAGGAGGGAUGAUUGUGGUGGAGGCAGGACCUGGAGAAGGCAAAACUGUCUUCAUGGCUGCUCUAGCUGAGGCCCUCAGGACUGGAGUUAAGUCCAGGAAAAACCUCGUCUGCGAUGUAAUCUCUUACUCUACAGCCGCCAGCCAAUCAGCACACUCUGUGGAAAAACUCCUUCGGUGUCUUGUUAAGUGGCUGAGAAAGAUAAAGGGCACAGAGGAGGAAUCACCUUUUCCUCAUUCGUAUAAAGAUUUGCUGUCAGAGUUUCACUCCACGUUAAGUAAUAUGAAGAGGAACAAACCUCUGGUGCUGCUAGUUGAUGGGGUAGAUCUUGUCCAGGAUGGCAGAGGUCAGAUCAGCUCUGAUUGGAUCCCACAACAGCUUCCACGGGUCACCUGGGGAGAAAAGGGUGUCUGUUUGGUGGUGAGCAUCACGUCUAAAGCAGCUCUGUUACAAACACUAACCAAGAAAAAAGGGACGCUCCUGUUUACGCUGGGACAGCUUACCUUGCCGGACCGAAAGGAGAUCGUUCAGAAGGAACUGGAUGCAUUUGGCAAGAAACUCAGCGACUCUGCUUUCAACAACCAGCUCCAGACACUAAUAUCCAAGAAGGGAGCAGUCAGUCCUCUUUACCUGCACCUGGCUUGUGAAGACCUGAGGAACUUUGCUUCUUUUGACAAGCUGAAGGAGAGCCUGCAGGACUUGCCGCAGUCUCUGAGACAGCUGGUGCAGUACAGCCUGCAGAGACUCUGCUUGCAGUACAGAGGCAUGCUGGGACUCCGCUGGGCCCUGGCUACACUCACUGUCAGCACCACAGGCCUGAAGGAGAGAGAUUUAUACUCCGUGUUGAACACAUGCAAUGAUUUGUCUUUACGGGAUGGACAGGUCACAUGGCAGGAAGUGCUGCAGUUGUCCAGAGAGCCCAAAGGACGCAUUCCUAUGGCAACCUUCACCCGCAUAGUGCAGAGUUUACAAAGUCUGAUUGGUCCAUCUCAUUGCCACAACACUGACGACCUGCUGGCUUUAACCAAUCCGGAGGUGAAGCGAGCCUUUGAGGACUUUUUUCUCCCAGCAGAAAGUGACAAAACCAGAGCUCACCUCACACUGGCAGCUCAUCUGUGGACACAAGCUGACCCUCGGGGCCAAAAUACCUUCCUUCACUGUGAAGCCAACUCUAUCACGCACCUGCCUUCUAGCCUGAUUCAAAGUGGACAACUGGAGGAACUUUCUUUCCUGCUUUCCAGCUAUUAUUUCCUUUAUGCUAAUGUGCGCCACGGCUUCCUGCACCACCUCCUGGAGACAUACAGCUGGUAUGAUAAGAAGCAAGAGUCUGCACCAUCAUCUGCCAUCCAGGACAAUUUAAAGGAUUGCCGUAAUUUCUUGCGGCGUCAUGCCUCCACACUCUCCUCCUGGCCAGCUCUUUUCAUUCAGCAGGCCCUCAAUGAACCUCAAGAAACCUCCGCUCACACGUGGGCAAAAGGCAUGGUGGGCAAAGGAGGAGUGCGGGUAAUUGAGUGUCUGAAAAUUGACGGGAACAGGGAUGGUGAAGAAAAAAGUGAGCUGCUGUCGACCUUCCCCUCGGAGCCCACCUCUCUGGUUGUGAGCCAGGAUGACCAGAUGAUGGUGGUUGGCACCGGAGAGGGAAUUCUGCAUUUCAUCCACACGCAGACUGGACAGGAGGUGAAGUCUCUGAUCAGCAGCUGUGACGGCAUCUCGAGCUGUGUCUUCCUGAAGGACUUACGACUUGCUACCACCUCCUUUGAUGGGCGAAUAGAAGUGUGGGACAUUGAAAAUGGAUGCAGGACUGCCGUUAUUGAUGGCCACACUAAUAGGAUAACAGGAAGUGAUGUCACUGCAGACAAGAAGCACCUCGCCACGGUUUCCCUCGACUUCAUGAUUAAAGUGUGGUCUUCUGAUAAAGGUACUGAAGUGUCCUCCGUGCUCAGCAGAAGCCCUAUGAACUGUGUGACCUUUGACCCUAAGGGUCACCUUCUGGCUGCUGGCUGUUGGAAUGGAAAUGUGAUCAUGUGGAACUGGCUCAAGAAUAAAAAACUAACAUCCCUGUGCGGCCACACACGAUCAGUGCGCAGCCUCUCUUUUUCUCCCUACUCCUCCAUGCUCUGCUCUGGCUCUGUGUCUGGGGAGGUGAGGGUGUGGUCAGUGCCCACCUCCACCUGUGUGGGAUGUUUCCAGGCUCACUGUGAAGCCACAGAGUCCCUCACCUUCCUGGAGGAAGGAUCCAUGCUUCUGAGCGCUGGCUCUGAUCACAUGCUCAACCUCUGGUCUGGAGGACUUGGACGUUCUGUCACUGUAUUAAAAUGCGAUGAUUGGAUGCAGGAACCUCCUCUGAAAAAGCUAAAGGCUGUAACGUCUCAGCCUGCUGCUCUGUGUGUGGCUGUGAAUGGAGACUAUGUUGCUGUGGGAUACCACGCUGAUGGCAUCAAACUUUUCAGCCUCAGAUCAGGUGCGAAGUUUUGGGCCUCCGUGGACCUGGACGUGUCUGUACCGUGCAUGCUGUGGGUCGUUUUAGAAGCAGAGCAGACUGACACCGAUCUGCUGGUGUCUGGAGGAAGUGACAAAUUUCUGCGGGUGUGGAAGAGAAAACAAGAAGAGGAGGGAAUGAUGGAAGUCCUGGAAAUGGUGGGAGUGUUUGGUGUGCAGUCAGGCACCAUCCAGGCACUCGCACAAAACUCCACGUACCUGGCAACGGCUUCAGAUGACUUUACCAUUGGGCUGUGGUUAUUGUCUGAUCUGGCCUGUGACCCUCCGAUCCAGCCAAAUUCAAUACUGAGGGGCCACAGUGGAGGAGUCACGUGUCUGGCUUUCAGUCCAGAUGGUGCACAGCUGCUGUCUGGUGGAAAAGAUCAGGCUCUGAUGGUGUGGGGUGUGACUGCUCCUGCUGUUCGUUCUAAGACUCUGCCUCAUGCUCACCGAGACUGGGUCACAGGCUGCGUUUGGACUGCAGACUGUGUGUUAAGCUCUUCAAACGAUGGCAGACUUUGUUUGUGGGACCUUCAGGCUGGGCAGUGUCUGAGGGAAAUCUCCUGGACAAGUCCACUUACCUCUGUCUGCUGUCUGGGACAAUAUGUGAUAGCCAGCUGUGCAGAGGGGGCACUGCAUGUCUGGAAGUGGGAAACAAACACUGAAAUCUGCCAUAUUUCUGCUCACGUGACACGCAUACACCACUGCUCUCUCCUCCCAAAUGCAGACAAAGGGAAGGAAGUGAAGUCAGAAGAAAUGUCCGUUUUCACAGCGUCUGAUGAUGGCACAGUGAAACUUUGGAAACCCUUACAGGUGGAGCACUUUAGCACCUUUCGCGGUCACAGCGGUGCAAUUCAUGGAGUCGUUUGCAAGGAAAGGGUCCCACAAUUCUUCACUGUUUCUGAAGACCGCUCGCUGAGAUGCUGGACAUGGACAAGAGCAAGUCCUCCAAACCUGAAAGGCUCGGUCACAGUUCUGUGCUUCUGUCAAAAUGACGACCUGCUCCUCGCCGGGUAUGAAUCUGGUUUGCUCGAGUUGUGGCAAAACAACUCUGUGGUUGGCCACAAGCAGGUAUUGGAUGACCCCAUUACAGCGGUCUGUUCCAUGCCUGAUGGUCAGAUCGCUGUGGCGAGUGUGAAACUUAUUGGUGUUUGGAAGCUGGUGUGGAAUAAAAAACAUGACACAGCAAGCUUGGUGAAGGUAACCACCUACAAAGUCAGUGAACCAGUGAUGCUCCUCUUCUACUGCACUGCUUUAUUUGGGGUGGACAAAAGUGGAGAAAUAUUUGAUGUGGCACACAUGAACAGUGAGGACGACUGGCGCCAUAAAGUCAGCAAUUGGAUCCAUGAAGUUGAACUUCUCAGGGUGAUCAACAAUGAUAAGAAAAGUGUGUGGCUGAUGGGCAAAUCAGAGGAAGAGGUUUACAUCGGCUUCCUUUUUGCCAUGGGUAUUGAAGACACCCUUGGAUCAACUUUCAGUACAAUGAGCAUGAAAUGUGAUGAGGAAGAGGAGGAAGGGAAGAAGAGAAGAAAACUAAUAACAGCUGUGACAAUGGACAAUGAUUUUGUGGUGUGUGGAGAUGUGGAGGGCAACAUGUGGUUCAAUCGCCCACCAGAGCUGUCCUCAUGGAGCAAAAGAAAGCCUGCUCACAGUGACAGGAUCAGUGUGCUGAGACUCACUGACAGCACCAUCAUCUCAGCCUCCUAUGACCGGACAGUGAAGCUGUGGGACAGAGACACCAAGAAUCAGGUGGGCUUGUUUGUGUGUGGAGGUCCUGUUCUGAUCUUGGAGGUGAAUCCACAAAGACCCACUGAGCUGGUCUGCAGUGACGGAGAAAGAAAGCUCUACUUCCUCUCUUGGACAGAGUAAUUCUCUCUGCGUUACACUCUAAGCUUUAGGAAUUCAGGAUAGUUUGUAACAAGUCACAACACUAAACAAAGACCAAUAGGAAUGCUUUCAUUUUGGCGUCAAAUGUGCAAUAAAUUCAUGUGAAGAAAAAAGAAACUGAAAUGUUUACUUUGACACAUUUUUUGACCUACCUUUGAUUUAGAUGGUGAAACUUGCAAACAUGACAAGCAAGGUUAAUAAAAAAUAAAGCUUCAAAUGUUAGUUUACGUUUGUGAAAGAUCUCUUUAAUUAAAAAAUCAAGC